AUGGACUGGGAAGAGAACGAGGACCUGAACUACGAGGCAAUUACCGCAAGCUCGGAGCGAGUGGACGAAUUUGAGGAAGGCCUUGCUGAAGCUUUGCAGUACUAUGAACGCGUUAUAGCUCUUGCAUGUAGGCUAGAUAGCACCGGGGCGCUGCCGACGGCUCAAGAUGUUGAGCAGCUCGGAGAUUACCCAAGCUUGCUACGAUCCUUGCUAUGCACUUCAUGUACCGGAGAGUGGAGCUGGUACAGCGGCUGUGCGCACUAUGUGCUCGUGCACCACCCCGAGUUUGUGACACGACUGCUGGAGGCAUGGGCUUGGGUGUCGCGAUGGCCCGCGCUUUGGCUUGACCGGCUCGCGGGCCCGAGCGCAGACACCUGUGACGAAAUCAUCUGGGUGGUAAUUCACUCGCACGCUGUGGCGCUGCAUGAGUUCCUGGGCACGGUCUGGCCCCCGGGGCACGUGGAGCCACCGGUCAUGCCGCCUGCUGAGGUGCGGCAGGCGUGGGCCCUCGCCGUGCGCGCGGUCGUGGAGAUGGACUCCCUGAGUUGCUUGGGUGGCGCCAUGGCAGCGGCUCGGCGGCUGCUGCCGCCCAUCCGCCAGCAGGCUCGGCACGGGCCCGCCGGCGCCGACGCUGACGGAAGCAGCUUGCAACUAUGGGUGGCGCACACCUUGCUUUCUCUAUGCCUCUACCUAGCGGAACCUCUCGCUGACGCGGAUCAUGUGCGAGAGGCCUUGGGUCAGGAAGGUCAGCAGGCGCUGUGGCGGCAAUUUGCUGGCUGCGGGUUUCUGGAGCACGCGUGUGGGCUGCGGCUAGCGCUGGCCGAGGCGGAGACGCAGGCAGAGGCGGCGGCGGCGGAGCAGCAGCAGAGCGCCCCGGGCAGCAAUGAGGCCAGGCCGCUCGAAUCAGCUACUGUCAAAUUUGGCCAGACAGACACACGGCUGCGGUGCUUCCUAACGGCGGCUAGCAAUCAAGCGGCGCAGGCGGAGCGUGUCGGCCGCGGCCCGGGUCUUGGCGACGACUGGGCGUCUGCCGGCCUGCCGUUGAGCGUCUGCCGGGAUGCGGUGGUGCUCUGGCACCUUGUGACGCCUCCGGGCGGCGGCGGCGGCGGCGGCGGCGGCGGCGGCGGCGGCGGCGGCAGCAGCGCUAGCAGCGGGCAGCCGCAGCCACAGCCACAGCAGCAGGCCGGAGAGACGCCACAGCAGCAGGCGCAGCAACAGGAGCGGGAGCAGCAGGAGCGGGCUGCGGCACGGGCGGUGGGGAAGGAGCGCGAGGCGGCGCGGACGUUGGCGACGGCGCUGCAGGCCUCACUCGCAAGUCCUGCGGUGCAACUGUACGUCGGCGUUCAGACGCUGACGGUGAUGGGCGCGGCGCUUGGGAUGCUUGCAGGGGUUCAGGCCGCGGACGAAGGUAGCGGCGGCAGCAGCAGCAGUGGCGCAGGCAGAGCCGGCGGCAGCAGCGGUGUGGGCGAGGAAGGACCAGCGAGCAGAGGUGGCAGCAAUGGCUGCAAAGCGGAGGCUGCUGCAGGUCCGGCAUAUCUGCACGGCCUUCCGGCAGCGGUGGCGGCGCAUGUGGCGGUGUCACAGCAACACAAUGGGGAAUCGAAAAUGGUCAGGGCCCUUUACAGGCAUGCAAACAGCCUAAACAGCAUCCUCGAUCUUGGCUACCGCGCCUGGAGGUUUCUGCUGCCAGCCGUGGGCAGCGGCAGCAAGAGCAGCGGCGGCCCAGGCGGCAGAGCCGGUAGCAGUGGCGGCCUGAGCAGCAGCGGCUUUAGCAGUGGCGGCGACCCAAGCAACAGGGGUGGCAGGAGCGCGGUGCACCCCGCGACGCCCUGUGCGGCGCAGCUUCACCACCACGUGAUGACGCUGUGUGAGCUGGUGUUGGCGGUGGAUGGCCGCAUUCUACUCUUCGACAAACAGGAGCGGGAGGCGGAGGGGUUUGAUGACACGGCACACACGCGCUGCACUUGGAUCGAAUCGCUUUCGGCCGCGAUGGUGUUGCUGACUCGGUGCGUGGCGGCAAUGCCGCCCACGGCCACGUCACGGCGCCUGCUGCCGACGUGGCGGCUGCUUGUGCGCUCGGGCUGGGCGCGCCACGACGUAUACAAGACAUUCGGCUGUAGCUAUGACGUACUGCCGCGCGUUACGUAUGGCAGCUUGCUUCUGCAGCAUCUGCCCCACAUCCCGCCGCCGCCGCCAGCACCAGCAGCCGCAGCCCAGCCGCUGCCACAGCCGCAGCCGCCGUACACGCUUCAGUGUGCGCUGGAGGCGGGCUGGGUUCCGCUGCUUGAGGCCGCGCUGCGGCACCAGGCGAGGAGCGAAUGGGGGUCGGCCAUAGAGCUGGUCAGGCUCGAAGACAUGUGCGGCUCGGUCGACGUGGCCCUGCGCCGCUCCGGCGCCUUCCCCGCAAUGCUGGCACACGGCGACCCGACGCAGCUGGCGGCGCUGAUUGCGAGCAUGGGCAAGGCCACGAUGCGGGCGGGGCGUGUGGAGCCGCAGUGGUUGGGCGCGGUGUCUUCCAGUAGGCCGGGGAUGCGGCCUUACCACGGCGACCCGCGGGCGGUGUGGCGGCUGCAGCUGCUGGCGUUGCUGGAGCAGCUGCUGCCGGUGGAAUGCGGCUGGCGGGCGGCGGAGGUGGAGGCGCCAGGCACGGGUGCAGGGGCGGCCCAGCCAGCAGGGGCGGAGGCGCGUGCGGGACCGGGGUCGGCGGCGGCAGCAGCCGUAGCGGAGCCGCCCCCGCCGUUGCACCUGAACGCCGGCCUGAGCAGCAGCAGCGGCGACUCGGCAGCCAACGACUUUGGCGUGUUCGACCCCUCGCCGCCGCCGCCCAACCGCCGCAUACUGGGUCUGUCCGCGGACCUGGGCCCGGGCCCCGACCUGCAACAGCUCCUCCGCAUGAUGGGCGGCGCCCCGCCGGCGCCCGCCUCGCCGCAGCAGGCGCAGCAGCAGGCGCUGGCGGUGCUGGCGGCGGCGGAUUGGCUGCCGCGGCUGCUGGUGACGAUGCCUGUGGUGCUGCCGGGUGCGGCGGGAGACGCGACCCUGAGCCUGCCGGCAGCCCCCCUUAGCUGGCUUGCGUGGCUACCGCACCGGGCGUACGUGGUGGUGCUGCGGUGGCUGCUGCUGCUGGGGCGGCAGUGCCUGGUCGCGCGGCGCCGGUGCAUGCGGUUCGCAAUGAGGGGACUGAUGGGGCUGGAUGCGGAGGCGGAGGCGGUGCUCUCCAACGAGUCAAGCUGGAAUCAGUUAUUGUGCGCCGUGGACGCACACGCGCAAGUGUUGGGCUUUGCCAAGUGCGCGAUGGACGCCCAGCGCGCAGCAGGAGCAGCCGCCGUCGGGGCAGGGGCGGCAUCAGCAGCAGCGGGCUUAUCGGCGGCGCAGCGGCAGGAAGCGGCGGCGCGGGCAAUGGCGGCGGACGCGCUGCCUCUGGCUCUAGAUGUGAUGGAGGUGCUGUUUGCAGUGGACCCCAAACGCUUCAUGCAGCAGGCGCUGGAGAAGUUCCCUCCGGACAGCAGCAGCAGCAGCAGUAGAAGCACUGGGGGCGGCGGCGGCGGUCGCAAGGGCGGCAAGGCCGGCGGCAAGGCAGGCGGCACAGCCGCAACGACAGCGACCGAGGCGUUGCCGUUCAGCUCGGGCUUGGCAGCACUGCUGCGGCGCCACGGCCGGUCAGGGCUGGUGGAGGCAAUGCGUGGGAAACAUGCGGACCUACGGGCGGCAGCGGCGGCCAGGAUGGGGCGCACAGAGCGGGAAGCAGCCGAACAGAUCAUCAAGGGCACCAGGCGUGAAGCAGAGCGUGAGGGCAUGUUGACUGCAGCAGUGCUGACCAUGCCGGCUGGCUGGGUUGAGCUGCCGCCGCCGGACGCUGUGCGGACCGGCGGCGCGGUGGGGCGGCAGCUGCCCCGCUGCGGCAACAUGUGGUGUGAGGGGCUGGCCGGGGACAGCGAGCUAGGUGUGAAGGUCAAGAGCUGUGGGCGGUGUGGGGCAGUGUCGUACUGUUGUGCGGCGUGCCAGCGUGCCGAUUGGGCGGCGGGGCACAAGCAGGGCUGUGUGCGCCAGUGAAAAUUCAAUGGAGCUGGCUAGCGCUGAAACCACGUGAUGAUCAAGGUCUCCAAGGUGGUUGUCUGAAGCUGAAUUAUGCAUCUUGCAUGGGAAGGUAUGGAACAUGUGAUGAGGUAAACAUUUUGGGGUUGGGCGGUGAUCAGCCGAUUGUACGGUACUGUAUAAAGAAGUAAAGAGUGGAUAGAGGGACGUGCAUGUACGGAUUUGCAUGCUUUGCGAAAGCCGGCGUCGGUAACAGUUGCUUGCCAACUGCGGGCGUUACGGCGAUGUGGAGGGCGUUGUGGCUUGCAUGGGGCCCGGCCGUGGGGCCAGGACAAGUGAUCGGAAUGUACCGUAACCUGGGUUGCCGAGUUGCUAGCAUUUGCAAACACAGGUGUUCUGUGUGACGCGUAGAUGGUAUCGAAUGGUGGGGCGCGGCGCCUGGACUGCGGGGGGAGCCCGAGGGCCCCGCUAACCCCGAGACCAGUCGAACCUAAAAAGGCCGCCGAUGCUGUAGAUGGUAGGAGUGAUAGUAUUUGCCAUCUUUCAAUUUUGCACACGCUACCGAGGAUGCUUGCUUUGCGGAAUGCGAAUGCGUGCGGACGUUGAGUGCAUCUGUGCUUUCCCUGAAUGCCGCACCGGGGCGGCUGCGUUGGUUUGCGAUGGGGCAGUGUUAAGGCAGGUUGGUGAAGUCUCGUAGGGUGCAGUGAUUCCUAGACCCCAGCAGAUGGCAAACAACUUGCAACGGCAGUGCAUGAGCGCGCGGCUGGGCAAACGCCGGAGGUACUGUACCGACGAGUUGCUGGCUGGCUGGAAGUUUGCUGACGCGUACUCCUCACGCUCCGGAGCGGCUGCAUUGGUGUGUUGGCCUUACUUC